AUGUUAAAAUCACUGACAGUAAAAUUUAACAAAGUGAAGCCCAUGGAAGGGAAGACCGAGAAGAAACCCUGCCCCCACCUGAGCAGUCGGUCUCAGCCAUCCAUAGUACAGGGAGAAAACCAAAGUGAAAAAGAAUCUCUGGGAAGCAGAAGGACACCAGUCACAUUUGAAAAACCACUCAGCAAAGAAGACAACAGCACUGAGGAAAACUCCCUCAGAGGUUUCACCACAAAUCCUCACCCUGAAUGUCCAGCAGAACUCACCGGAACAAUGUCAGAGAUGGAGCAAACUAGGACUAGGAAAGAAAAGCCAGUCAGAUUUAAGACCAAUGUGCUUGAAGCCCCAAUUAUAAAUGAAUAUACUGAUGCCCAUCUACACAACCUAGUGGAAAGAAUGCGUGAAAGAACUGCUUUCUACAAGAAAACAUUGACAGAGGAAGAGAAUUUUCCUAAAUUAGAAACCAGCUCUCAUACUGCAAUGCCUACAGAUGUAUCAGCAAAAGAAGAGAACAAUUCUAAGCUAAAAGAACACCACCACGGCACGUUGUCUUGCAAGCUCCAGAGAGUACCUGUAAAAGAGUACCUAAAAAGAAUGAGACUUCCUAGAAGCAUAGAUUCCUACACAGAUCGGGUCUAUCUCCUGUGGCUCCUGCUUGUCACCAUUGCCUAUAACUGGAACUGUUGGCUGCUCCCAGUGCGCCUUGUCUUUCCAUGCCAAACACCAGACAACAGGAGCUACUGGAUUAUUGCUGACAUCAUAUGUGACAUCAUCUACCUCGGUGAUAUAUUAUUGAUCCAGCCAAGACUCCAGUUUGUAAGAGGCGGAGAAAUUAUCGUAGAUUCAAAUGAGCUGAAGAGGCACUACAGGAGUUCUACAAAGUUCCAGAUGGAUGUGGCAUCUCUACUGCCAUUUGAAGUUCUCUACAUCUUCUUUGGAGUCAAUCCAAUAUUCAGAACAAAUCGGGUAUUAAAGUACACUUCGUUCUUUGAGUUUAAUCAUCACCUGGAGUCUAUAAUGGACAAAGCAUAUGUCUACAGAGUCAUCCGAACAACUGGCUACUUGCUGUUUCUCCUGCACAUUAAUGCCUGUGUUUAUUACUGGGCUUCAGACUAUGAAGGAAUUGGCUCAACUAAAUGGGUCUAUAAUGGUGAAGGCAACAAAUAUCUGCGAUGUUUCUAUUGGGCAGUUCGAACUUUAAUUACUAUUGGGGGCCUACCAGAGCCACAAACAUCAUUUGAAAUUGUUUUUCAACUCUUGAAUUUUUUCUCUGGAGUUUUUGUAUUCUCCAGCUUAAUUGGUCAGAUGCGUGAUGUAAUUGGGGCAGCAACAGCCAAUCGGAACAACUUCCAAGUCUGCACGGACCAUAUCAUUGCCUACAUGAACAAAUACUCUAUUCCUCAAAGUGUUCAGUAUCGAGUUCGGACUUGGCUGGAAUAUACAUGGAACUCGCAAAGAAUCCUAGAUGAGUCCGACUUGCUUGAGAACCUCCCGACAGUGAUGCAGUUGUCUAUCGCCAUCGACAUAAACUUUAGUAUCAUCAACAAAGUGGAGUUGUUCAAGGGCUGUGACACACAGAUGAUUUAUGACCUGCUGCUAAGAUUGAAAUCCACUAUUUAUUUACCUGGUGACUUUGUCUGCAAAAAGGGAGAAAUUGGAAAAGAAAUGUAUAUCAUCAAGCAUGGAGAAGUCCAAGUUCUUGGAGGCCCUGAUGGUGCUCAAGUUCUGGUUACUCUGAAAGUUGGGGCAGUGUUCGGAGAAAUAAGCCUUCUGGCAAAAGAAGGGGGAAACCGCCGGACAGCUGAUGUGGUAGCCCACGGGUUUGCCAAUCUUUUAACUCUGGACAAAAAGACUCUUCAAGAAAUUCUGCUGCAUUAUCCAACUUCUAAAAAGCUCCUCAUGAAGAAAGCCAAAGUUCUUUUAAGCCAGAAGGGGAAGACCACACAGGCAAUCCCUCCAAGAACAAGACCUGCUUUUCUUUUCCCACCAAAAGAAGAGACACCCCGAAUGCUUAAAAUUCUUUUGGGAAACACAGGAAAGGUGGACCUUGGAAGACUCCUUAAAGGAAAGAGAAAACAAACCUCCGAGGUAACAAGGCCGACCUGAGGCAAUGGCUGGGAGGCUAGCAGGAGUGGGGAAAAUAAAGAUGAAAGUUCCAAAGGAAGAAAAAGAAGAGGAGAAGAAUAUGAAGAUAAAGGAGCAGAACUAGCAGGGGAAAACAAAACAAAAAAACAAAAAAAAAGCAAACAAACAAAAAGACAAAACACUGGACAGGUCCAAAGAUAAAGUUCUACUACAGUGGAGGAAAUGCCCCAGUCAAUUAAAACAAUUUUUCCCAAGGGACCUGCCUAUCAAUCAUUCAUCAGCAACAUGGCUCCUGCUAUUGAGACUGGGAAAGGGAUUCUGACUAUCAAAGUCAAAGAAAAGGCUAAGCAAUAA